AUACACCCUCCUCCCCCUCAUCCCGCAUCUCCCCCCAUUCGUCCACAUGGCCAGCGCAGAAGGAGGUGCAUACAGCUACUCGCUCACGGUCUUCUCUCCGAGCGGCAAGCUCGUGCAGAUAGAACACGCCCUCGCUGCUGUCUCCUCGGGAACGACAAGUCUGGGGAUCAAGGCGUCCAAUGGCAUCGUCAUCGCCACCGAGAAGAAGUCCUCGUCCAUCCUCAUCGACGACUCGAUGAUAGACAAGGUGUCCGUCAUCUGUCCCAACAUCGGCAUCGUGUACUCUGGAAUGGGCCCGGACUUCCGGGUGCUCGUCGCGAAGGCGCGCAAGAGCGCGCAGGCGUAUUGGAAGGUGUACGGCGAAUAUCCGCCGACGAAGGUCCUCACGCAGGAGAUUGCCACCAUCAUGCAGCAAGCGACACAUUCCGGCGGAGUGCGGCCAUACGGCGUAUCCCUCUUGGUUGCGGGAUGGGACAUAACCCGAGGGCCGUGCUUGUACCAGGUUGACCCUUCAGGUUCGUAUUGGGCGUGGAAGGCGAGCGCGAUCGGAAAGAACAUGGUAAACGCGAAGACGUUCUUGGAGAAGCGCUACAACGACGACAUCAGCUUGGAAGACGCGAUCCAUACUGCGCUUCUCACUCUCAAAGAGGGUUUCGAAGGGCACAUGACGGAGAAGACGAUCGAUAUCGGCAUCGUCACUGUGCCCAGCCAGGCAGAGCUCGAGACGGGCAAGAUCGAAGGCACAGGGCGAGUAAAGCCCACGUUCCGCAAGCUCUCGGAGGAGGAGGUGCGGGACUAUCUGGCAAUGUAACGGACGCGCUGCUAUCACCGUUGUAUUUUCGUUUUGCAUGCUGUGCGUCGCGCUGUAAGUUACUGGAUACGGGAUGACAUUCUCUGCAGGAAGGAC